UCGUGAAUGAACAGAAACUGGUAGGACAAGACUGAACGUUUAUUAGUCUUAAUAUUAUCUCUGUAACUGGUGUGUUUGUUUAUUUCUGAAUUUUUGUUUUUGGACAAAUUGUACUGCAAUAAUAUAGUAUGUUAUAUUUACAUCAAUGUGUUAUUAUUUCAUCAAAGUGAAAAAUUCAUUAACAUAUUUUUAAUACGUUAACCUUGGACAAUACACCAUGACUGCAAUACAACUUGACUGCCAUACAACAUGACUGCAAUACAAUAUUACUGCGAUACAACAUGCCUGCGAUACAAAAUCUCUGCAAUACAACAUGACUGCGAUACAACCUGACUGCAAUACAACUAUUGGUUGUUAAAAAACACAUUUUUUUAAUCUGUUAAAAAUAAUCAUACAUUUAAAAGAAAAUAUUACCCUCAAAUGGUUCACCUUAUUCAAAGAAAACAUAUUAUCAAAUAUAUUCGUACAUUGACCUGAUAAAAGAUACUUUCUUGUUUUAGCUCUACUUUAAUAUAAAAGGAUAAUUAAUGUUUAACAUUAUGACUCUCAUUGAGAAGAAAUAUUUUUCAUAUCAUUUUGUGUGGCUCCUUGUGUGGAGUUGUGUAGAACCAUCAAUUCCUCAGAGUCCGUUUGCAGUAUUUACGGUAUGCACUGAAUCUGGAAACAAGACACAUUCGACACUUUACAGGAUGAAUGCAGAUCUUUUUGACAGGUUGGUCACUACAUCAAUUCAGUCCUUACACUGUUAAAACUUACACGUUUUUGUUUUCUCGAUUUCUAAAAGUAUUUAAAUUUGUUUCUUUGACACGUUUUUUAUAAUCAAAAUGAAGAUUUUUUUUUUUUUUAGAAUUCUGUGAUAUAUUAAUAAAUUUUUAAUUCGCACAUUUUAAAAAAUAAUACUAAUAAAGUUAACCAUAUAUAUUUAUAUAUAGUAUAAUAUCGACAGGAUGCAAAUACACACAUACAAAUUUAUACUAUGCAAAUCAUACAUAAACAAAAUGUAAAAGUGCCACCAUGGAGAUCCUCCAUUUGGGCAACCCCCCCCCCCCCCCUUUUUUUUUCCUUCUAAAUAUUAACGAAAACAUUUAAAGAAGUCAGUCAUGAACAAAUAUUACGUAAGUCUAAAAAAACAAACUAAAAUAAUAAAUAAAUAAAACGUAACUUAUUUCAUUAUUUUUGCUAAAACUUAUCGUAUUAUAAUUAUAUGCUUUUUAAAAAAGGAAUACAUCUGAAAUGUAAUAAAUUAUGACAGAUUAUUACCCUUAAGCAUUAAAAACUGUAGCAUUUAAAUAAUGUUUCCUUUUCAGAUUUUACAAUUUUAUUCAAAAUAAGACUACAACAUCUUGUGACUUGAUUUACGUGAAUGAGAGCGGUAUAACUAAUGUAUCAAGUUUUAACUGUAGCAGCGAUACAGCAAAUACUAGCUCAACAACAAGGACGAAUAAAUGCACAAAUAUUCCAAGCAAGCAUGAGAUUACAUUUAAACGUAUAUCUAAGGAAAAAAGCUCCGCUGAGUCUGCGCAGAGCAACGUUUACUUUCGUAAAAAGACAGCCGGUUACCAACCGUACACGUGUGUCGGUUUAUCCUUCCAAGUAAAAUAUGUUAGCUUGAAUCUCUCUACGAUUUCUGACUUCGAGAUGUGUAACAACACAGCUAGCAACGCUACACCAACACCAUGUAACAACGAUGGCAGUAGUUCAGUUGGACUAACUCUAGAGAUAACCCUCCCUGUCACCGUAUUAGUCGUGAUAGCUGUGGGAUUUAUCAUCUGGAAACGAACGAUUAUAAUCGCCAAGAUGAAUAAUGUUUGCCCCGGAAAUGCUCUUUUGUCCUGUGUCAAAAGAACUAGACCAGCGAAAAAGGUUGAAGAAGAUCUGGACGUUUACGACUAUCCCGUUGUCAAUGUAACUUCGGCAAUAAUUAAAACAAUUGAGGAUGACAGAGGAUCAGUGAAGGAUAAUUCCAACAAACCCGAUGAAAUAAAUGGUGUUGAGAAAAAAUCUGACGAUGUCAAUGGUCGACCAUCUGAUGAUGGCGACGAUGAUUACUACGAAUCCAUAAAUGUCGGUGCGAUGGCCUCACGACAUAAUUAUGACAACGAGAAACGAGAUGGUGGUCAGUUUCAUCCAAUAGAUCCACCAAAAUUUACAGCGGCUGAUGAAAAUAUCCCCAGAGAUUCCGGAAACCUCUCUGAAGAUAUAUAUGUUAUUACAUGAAAGAAGAAAGUUGCAAAAAUGUUUAAGGAAGAGUAUCCUUACACUUAAACAUUCACACUAGUUGUGUACAUAGAGUAAUCGGGAUAUGGGUAUUGGGACGCAUUAUUUGGUGAUGACAAUCACGCAAAUCAAAUGGGAAAGCAUGUCAUUUCCGUUGUUCUAGACUGAAUGUUGAAAUUUUGUGUCAGUCACCUUGCUUCAUGAUUUUUGUAAAUAUUCCAUCUCAUGGUCCAUGCUUUGUUGUGUUCAUUCUGUCAUCUCGUGGUCAAUUUAGUUUUCAAUCUUCCAUCUGAUGGUCAAUGUUAUGUUGUGUUCAUUCUGCUAUCUCGUUGUCAAUUUUUUGUUAUGCUACCAUCUUAUGAUCAAUGUUAUGUUGUGUUCAUUCUAUCAUUUCCUGGUCAAUUUUGUUUUCAUUCUUCCAGCUCAUGAUAAAUAUUAUGUUGUGUUCAUUCUGCUAUCUCAUGAUCAAUGUUGUGUUAUGCUACUAUCUUAUGAUCAAUGUUAUGUUGUGUUCAUUCUGCCACCUCAUGGUAAAUGUUAUGUCAAUAUAUGUUCAAUCUACCAUCUCAUGGUCAAUGUUGUGUUUAUUCUGCCAUCUCAUGGUCAAUAUAUGUUCAAUCUGCCAUCUCAUGGUCAGUGUUGUGUUCAUAUUGCCAUCUCAUGGUCAAUGUUUUUGGAACAUUUUAGAUGUUAAAUUCGUUUUUUAAUUUAAAUGUAUUUCUAUUAAUUCUAUUUCUCUCAAUCGGAGUGUAGAUCCAGGUCUCAUUUCAUACCUCGCAGCAAAUGGAGGCAAGCCCCGCGCGUCUUUUACACACUGGCCCUAAUGCUAUCUUUAAACGUUAUCGUUUUUUUUAAAAUAAAUAUUUUAGCUUCCUAGUCGAACUCAAAGUAAAUAUGAGAUUAUGUAAACCUACGAGUCAGAUUGGAAUGAUUUGGAACAUCACAUUCAUGAGGCUAGGUUUUUGUUCAUACAUUUUUUAAAAUGACUAAUAAUUUAUAUUUACUAAAAAAAAAAAUAGUAUACGU